GGCAAUUAAUAUGGUCCAUAAGAAUAAGAAAAUAAAUAAUAUAUAUUUAUAUAUGUAUUUUCCCUUCCAUCAGCACGGCCACUGCCGGGCAAUUCCCUUGCCGUUGUCCAGCCCUUUUCGUUUCCUUUGCUCUCUCUCCUUUCAUCCUCCUCCCUCCAUAUUUAUCCACUUCAAUCCCAAUUCUAGCGGCACCGCCCUCCUCGCACGCAGAGAGAGGGAGAGUGUACCGUCGAGAGUCGGAGAUGUUGGUUGCUUCUUCUUCUUCUUCGCCUUCAUCAUCUUCAUCUUCAUCUUGCUGAGCUCCCUCGCUCGCUCCAAACCGGACCUCCUUCACCUUCACCUCCCUAUUUUCUUAUCUGUAUCUCAAGUUCUCAGCUUUCUUUGUUCGGCCGAACGUACGGACGCACGCGAGGGAAGGGUUGGUGAGAGAGAGAGAGAGAGGGUGGGGGGAGCAGAGGGGUGAGGCUAAGGGCAAAUGUCUUCUAAUCCUCUAGCUAUUAUUUCUCCUCACGGUCAUAGGCCUCUUCCUCCUCCUCCAUUUUCUCCUAUUUCCUCUCCAUCCCACCCCUCUCGUAUUUACCCCCUUCACUGCUCUCUCACCUUUCCCCGCCAUCCCCUUUCUAUUAGCUUACCCUUUACCGUUCACCCCAAUAUUGCUUCCAUGUCGACCAGCAGAUUUGGCCUCCUCCCUUCGCCUCCUCCUCCCUCCUCCUCCUUCUCCUCCUUCUCCUCCUCCUCCUCCUGUUUCUCCUCUUCCUGCUGCGGCUUCAGUCAAGGGGAUGUAGAUGGCGGAACUGAGGACGAGGAGGAUGAAGAUGAAGAUGAAGAUGAAGAUGAUCCUUCUCCUGUGAUGCCUGAGAGAUGGGAUGUUGUAGGCCUCGGCCAAGCCAUGGUAGAUUUUUCCGGUGUCGUGGAUGAUGAGUUCUUAGAGAACUUAGGAUUAGACAAGGGCACCAGGAAGGUUGUCAACCAUGAGGAGAGGGGAAGAGUCUUGCGCGCUAUGGAUGGGUGCAGUUAUAAGGCUGCUGCUGGCGGGUCUCUUUCCAACAGCCUGGUCGCUCUGGCGAGGCUUGGGGGUCGGCCUAUCAGAGGUCCUUCCCUGAGUAUCGCCAUGGCUGGGAGUGUGGGAAGUGAUCCUUUGGGUGGAUUUUACAGGAUGAAAUUGCGUCGUGCAAAUGUCAAUUUUCUGUCUGCCCCUGUUAAUGAUGGGACAACAGGGACAGUUAUUGUUCUCACAACUCCUGAUGCCCAACGUACCAUGCUGGCGUACCAGGGAACAUCUUCCUCUGUUAAUUAUGAUGAUUGCCUCGCCAGCAUAGUAUCCAAGACGAAUGUACUUGUCAUUGAAGGGUAUUUAUUUGAGCUUCCUGAUACGAUCAAAACAAUAAAAAAAGCAUGUGAAGAAGCACGCACAAAUGGUGCUCUGGUUGCCAUAACAGCAUCAGAUGUCUCCUGCAUAGAAAAGCAUUAUGAUGAUUUCUGGGAAGUCAUUGGAGAGUAUGCAGAUAUUGUGCUGGGGAACAGUGACGAAGCUCGAGCUUUGUGCGACUUCUCCUCGAAGGAGAGCGCGGUUGCAGCGACAAGGUACCUGAGCCAUUUUGCCCCGCUAAUCUCAAUCACUGAUGGACCGAGAGGCUCCUACUUUGGGGUCAAGGGAGAAGCGAUCUAUAUCCCUCCUUCACAUUGUCUACCGGUUGAUACUUGUGGAGCUGGAGAUGCAUAUGCUUCAGGGGUCUUGUACGGGAUUCUUAGGGGAGUUUCUGACUUGAAAGGGAUUGGUUCAUUAGCUGCUAGGGUUGCAUCCACAGUAGUUGGGCAGCAGGGAACUCGGCUUCGGGUCCAGGAUGCUGUUGAAUUAGCGGAGUCAUUUGCGUAUCAGCUCAAGAACUGUCCGGCUGUUGGUUCAGAUCAUAUCUCCAGCUUGUAAAUUCAUGCCUUGUGACGGUCGCAUCCCAUUAAGUUCUUUUUUUUUUUUAGGUAUCAAAACUGAUUAAUUUUUUCUUAGUUCUUUCUUCAAGUUGUUUAUAAGUGACUUGUGUGGCCAUCCACAGCAUUCAAUUACUGUAAAUCUCAUUAAUGAUUUAUAGAAGCUCGGGUCUUCAGUUUAGCUU